AUGAUUGCGUUGGCGAAGAAACAGUGUGAAGAGCGGAAGGCGGCGCGGGAGCGGGAGGAGGCGGCGGAUCGAGAGCGGGAGAGGAAGGCGUUUGAGGAUCGCGGGGCGACGUACGAGGCGCGGAGGAAACCGGGCGACGCGGUGGAGUCACCGUCCGCGUCGGCGAGCGUGAGCGAACGACGGAAACCGGUCAAGGCGCGAAGACCGGGCGCGUCGCCGCUCGGUGAGGGGGCGACCGCGAAUCCGAACGCGUUCGCUGGAUUCGCGGCGUUGACGCGACGGGACGCGACGAAACCGAUGGAAGACGCGUCGCGCGCGAGCGUCUUCUCGCGUCUGAGCGGCGCCCCGGCGACCGCCGCGGGUGAGGAGACGAAAGAUGCGUCCACGAAAUCGGCCAAGCCGUCGAGCGCGUUCCCGGCGCUCGCGACGACGACGACGGAGGUCGCCGCGAAACCCGCCGGAUUUGGCUUUUUCGCGCCCCCGCCCGAGCUCACCAAGGACAACGUCGACACCCAGCGCACGAUCAAGCAGAAGAAGACGAUCGACGACGAGAACGAGAGGAACGCGAACGCGACGCGCUCGUCGAAGAAGAUGCCCACCGCGCUCGCCGUCGAGCUCGGAUUGGACGCGUGA